AUGAUUUUUGCUAAUACUGGAAACCCGCUGAGGACGCCCUAUCGCAAACAGCCACCUGUUGUCCCGUCGUCACACCCCAUGGCUCCACCCAGUCCGAGCACCAACAGCAGCACCACCAACAACAGCAGCAGCAGCAGCACUGCAGGCUGGGACCAGCUCAGCAAAACAAACCUCUACAUCCGAGGCCUGUCCCCUUCAACCACAGACCAUGACCUGGUCAAGCUCUGUCAGCCGUAUGGCAAAAUUGUUUCAACCAAAGCUAUCCUGGACAAAACUACAAAUAAAUGUAAAGGUUAUGGCUUCGUGGACUUUGACAGCCCCGCCGCUGCUCAGAAGGCCGUGGCCGCCCUGAAGACCACUGGCGUCCAGGCUCAGAUGGCAAAGCAACAAGAACAAGAUCCGACAAACCUUUACAUCUCCAACCUGCCUUUGUCGAUGGAUGAGCAGGAGCUGGAGAGCAUGCUGAAGCAUUUCGGCCAGGUUGUGUCCACGCGCAUCCUGAGGGACUCCUGCGGCGUCAGCAGAGGAGUGGGCUUUGCAAGGAUGGAGUCCACUGAAAAAUGUGAUGCAGUCAUUUCUCACUUCAACGGGAAGUUCAUCAAGCCGCCUGCCGGCGUUCCAGCGCCAUCUGAACCAUUGCUCUGUAAGUUUGCUGAUGGCGGACAGAAAAAGAAGCAGAGUCAGAAUAAAUUUAGCCAAAAUGGUCGUUCCUGGGCAAGAGACAGCGACUCCAGACUGGCGGGAAUGACCCUCACCUAUGACCCCAGUACAGCUGCUAUGCAAAAUGGAUUUUUUCCGCCGCCGUACAGUAUUUCAAACAGGAUGAUUGCCCAAACGUCCAUGUCUCCCUACAUGUCUCCAGUUUCAACAUAUCAGGUCCCGAAUCCUUCCUGGGUGCCUCACCAACCCUACAUCAUGCAGCACCCGGGCGCGGUGAUAUCGCCCUCUAUGGACCCGGCCAUGUCGCUGCAGCCUGCCUCCAUGAUGACCCCCCUCACUCAGCAGAUGGGCCACCUCUCUCUGGGGAGUGCAGGAACGUUUAUGGCUGCCAACACCGCUAUGCAAGGAGCAUAUAUCCCACAAUACGCACACAUGCAGACGCCGGCCGUACCUGUGGAGGAAAACGGUGCUCCGUCACAGACGGACUCAUCCGGCAAUCCUUCCCCUUAUUCCUACCAACAAACCAAGUAGCGCUGCGGUGACAUCCGGACGACAGCGCCAUCGAUCGCGUCCGCACAUCCGGUGGACGCAGAGGAGCCUCUCUGUUCCAUCCCCCCCACCACAGGCGCCGCAGAUAUUUAAGCGAGACUAUUUUUGGUAUCAAUUUCAGAGAGCUUCUCCAAGUUCAUUGAAUGAUUCGAAAUAUAUUUAAAGAAGUUUUAUUUUCAUACAAGAAAACGUUUAUUUUUUAUUAGGGUUUGCCACAGGAUACGGAUAAAGAAUCAUGUGACUCGUCGUGCAAAGUGCAUGAGAGUGAAUAUGUCUCCUGUCACUUUUUUCUUUUC